AUGGCUGAUCCCCGCGUUGAAGAAAUCCACGAUGAUGAGGUCGCUAAGACCGUUGAGGACAGCUCCUCUGAGUCUGGCUCCGAGGCUGGCGAUGAGCCCAACAUUCCCGCCGGUGCCUCCGUCGCUGUCCACUCCCGUGGUGAGAAGAAGGCCCGCAAGGCCAUUGGCAAGCUCGGCCUGAAGCUCGUCCCUGGCAUCACCCGUGUCACUCUCCGCCGCCCCAAGAACAUCCUCUUCGUUGUCAACCAGCCCGAGGUUUACCGUUCCCCCAACAGCAACUGCUGGAUCAUCUUCGGUGAGGCCAAGAUUGAGGACCUGAACUCCCAGGCCCAGGCUUCCGCCGCCCAGCAGCUCGCUGCCUCCGAGGCCGCUGGCGACCACGCCGGUCACGACCACGACCACGAGGAGGUUCUCGGCAAGGCCAAGGCCCCCGAGACCGAGGAUAAGAAUGAGGAUGAGGAGGAUGAUGGUGAGGAGGUUGAUGAGUCCAACCUUGAGUCCAAGGAUAUCGAGCUCGUCAUGGCACAAGCAAACGUCUCCCGCAAGAAGGCCGUCAAGGCUCUUCGGGAGAACGACAACGAUAUUGUUAACUCCAUCAUGGCUCUCAGCAUAUAA